UGACAAUUCCAGCCACCUCAUAUUUGUCCUUUUUUUAUUACAACAAAUUGCUCACCGCUCUUCCCGUUUGGUUGUCAAGAAAAUCAGGGCUUCUUCAGAUUUCAGAGCUAUUUCCUGCAAAUAAUGAGGCAUCAACUUUUGAGUUUAGCUCUCUUUUGCUUCACUUUCUUCUCCUUUGCUUCUGUGGAAGCCCUUAAUGUUGGAAUUCAGAUGGCUGGUUCUGACGUCACCGUGAGCAAAGAAUGCAGUAGAACAUGUGAGUCGAAGUUCUGUUCAGUGCCUCCAUUUCUGAGAUAUGGCAAGUACUGCGGGCUAUUGUACAGUGGAUGCCCUGGAGAGAGACCCUGCGACGGGCUUGAUGCUUGCUGUAUGAAGCACGACGCCUGUGUUCAAGCCAAGAACAAUGGCUAUCUGAGUCAAGAGUGCAGCCAAAGCUUCCUAAACUGCAUGACCAAUUUCCAGAAAGCGGGAGGGAGGUGUUUCAAGGGAAACACAUGCCAAGUGGAUGACGUCAUUGAGGUCAUCUCUGUCAUCAUUGAGGCCGCUUUAGUCGCCGGAAGAGUUCUCCAUAAACCAUAGAUUUAGCCUAUCUACCCUACUUGUUUUACAACAUUUCAUGAAAUUCAGCAUAACAAAUUCAUCCAUGUCUGCAUGAGUAGUGUUAUCCUUCAAGUAUAAGCCAAAUUUGGCUUUGAAACCGAUGUUGAAGUCAUUAUUUUUCC